UUUAUGGUUCACGUUGCAGAAAACCACAUAUUUUGAUACUUGGCACUUAAGUACAUAUAUUUUGGUAGUUUAGUUUCACAAAACCACACUAUCGAUGAAUGGAUUCACUUGUGAUAUGACGACGUGGUUGUUUCAUCUAGUAUGAGGACGUGGCAUCAUAUUAAUUUCGUGCGAUGGCUGGUAAUAGGAUGCCAUGUCCUCGUCCUAGGUGAAACAGCCACAUCAUCUCGCGGGUGAAUCUAUACAUCGAUAAUGUAGUUUUGUGAAACUACACGACCAAAAUAUAUGUACUCAAGUGCCAAGUGUCAAAGUGCGUGUGGUUUUCUGCAACUUGUACCACAAAAUAUGUAGUUUUGUGAAAUUUACUCUUUUAUUUAAGACAUAAAAGGUUCCUUUGCUCCUUUGCUCUGCUCUCUAGUUUGUGACCAAGCAAGACAAAAAGGAUGGCCCAUCCACCAGCAGCCCUCACGCUGCUCACUUGCUAUCUCAGAGAGGACCUCCAACUUUUGUCCAGGUCAAAUCAAGUUGCUAUUGUCACCGUCGAUGGUAGACCAGGCCCUGGUGCUUAUGGUAUAACAGCUGUUGUUGCUGGGGCUAUCGGCUAUUUAUACAUAAGGUGGAAGGUAAAAGGUUGGAAACUUUCUGAUUUGAUGUUUGUGACGAAGCGUGGCUUAUCUGAUGCCUGCGAUGUGGUUGGCAAACAGUUGGAACAUGUUUCAGAGAAUGUUAAUGCUGCAAAGAGGCAUCUGGCAGGAAGAAUAGAUCAUGUAGAUUGUACUUUAGAUGAAUGCCAGGAAAUUACAGAAUCCACAAGAAAAGAGGUUACAGUCAUCCAUGAAGAUAUAAGUGCCUUCCAGGAGGAAAUGCAAUCAGUUCAUCUUGUGGUUCGUACUCUGGAGACAAAGCUUGGACGUCUUUCAUAUACCCAAGAUCGUACAGCACGAGGAAUUUAUGACUUAUGCGAGUUCACUAAAAGGCUGGAUAAGAGCCCCAAAACUGAUACUCGUCAGGUCUUAUCAUCAACUCCUCUUCCAGCUAUUGAAUUGCCAGAGAGAAUUACAAGGGCUGCUUCUUUGCCUCCAAGUUCAGAACCGGAGUUUUCUGGCCCUCGAUCACCUGUAACAGAGGCAUCUAAGGUUGUGCAUUCUCCUACAACUAUGUCGGCAUCAGGACUGAGUAUGCUAGUUGAAACAUCAAUGCCACCUAAAAGGGGUGUUUUGAGCCGAGCAAGUUCUAUGAAAGAAGGAUCCCAGGAGCUAUCAAAUGGGUCAUCAAGUUCAGGGGAACCAACCACUGGGAGGAAUGUUCCAAAUUCAAGACUGUUUGGAGGGUUUGGUUUUUUGAAGAGUUCUGCCAGUUGAGAUACAUGGCAUUGUCAUGGUUUUACCCAAAGGAGUUGGAUUGACCUUUACGUGUAUAUGUAUUGCUAGCUACUAGGUGCCAGUAGAAAAAUAUGCAGUUGCCCCAUGGCAUCACUUUCACCUAUUGGAAGUGCCAAUUUUUUGUAGAAAUUAAUUAAUCUAUAUACCAAAUACAAAUGCAUUGCAGAGAUAUACUGUUUGUCGGUUGUGGUUGUAAAAAAAAACUCGUAGGGGCAGAAAGAGACACCUGAUUGCGUCUUGUUGCAGCAAGUUUGUUUGGGGAGGAUGUACUGGAAUAAGGGUAUAGUAGUAGUAGGAAUUAUUAUGGCACAUUUGCAUGCUUUGGCAUAUGGCACUCUGAGUUUUAUUGA